GCCCGCGGGCCCUUUAAGGCGCAGCCUGGGCGCGGCCCAGGUAAGGGGCGGGUAGGCGGGCGGAGGACCGCUGCGCGCCGGCGCGGCCGGGGAGCCGGAUUUGGAGCUGGGCGCCGGCGGGGGCGGAGGAGGCGGCGCGGCCGACCUCGGUGGCCUGGACGCUCCUCCUAACGAGCGCCGCCGCCGCCUCCGCCUGCGCCUGGAACUCCCGCGCGCUGCCCGGGCCCCGCCGCCUCGCGAGGCCGCUCACCUGGGACGCGCUCCCCGCUUCCCGGCACCUGGCCAGGAUGAAAGACCGGCUGGAGCAGCUGAAGGCCAAGCAGCUGACGCAGGAUGACGAUGCUGACGAGGUGGAGAUCGCUAUUGACAACACAGCAUUUAUGGAUGAGUUCUUCUCUGAGAUUGAGGAAACUCGACUAAACAUCGACAAGAUCUCAGAGCAUGUGGAGGAUGCUAAGAAACUCUACAGCAUCAUUCUCUCUGCACCGAUUCCAGAGCCAAAAACCAAAGAGGACCUUGAAAAGCUCACAACUGAGAUCAAGAAGAGAGCCAGCAAUGUUCGGAAUAAGCUGAAGAGCAUGGAGAGGCAUAUCGAAGAAGAUGAAGUCCGGUCAUCAGCAGACCUUCGGAUUAGAAAAUCCCAGCACUCUGUCCUCUCCCGGAAGUUUGUGGAGGUGAUGACCAAAUACAACGAGGCUCAAGUGGACUUCCGUGAACGCAGCAAAGGGCGAAUCCAGCGGCAACUUGAAAUUACUGGCAAGAAGACAACAGAUGAGGAGCUGGAAGAGAUGCUGGAGAGUGGUAACCCUGCCAUCUUCACUUCUGGGAUCAUCGACUCCCAGAUUUCCAAGCAAGCCCUUAGUGAGAUCGAGGGACGGCACAAGGACAUUGUACGGCUGGAGAGCAGCAUCAAAGAGCUCCAUGACAUGUUUAUGGACAUUGCCAUGCUGGUGGAGAAUCAGGGUGAGAUGUUAGAUAACAUAGAAUUAAAUGUCAUGCACACAGUGGACCAUGUGGAGAAGGCACGAGAUGAAACCAAAAAAGCCGUGAAGUAUCAGAGUCAGGCUCGGAAGAAAUUGAUAAUUAUCAUUGUGGUAGUGGUUGUGUUGCUGGGCAUUUUAGCAUUGAUUAUUGGACUGUCCGUUGGGCUGCGAUAACAGCAGCCCAGGGGCUGCUGCACUGAAAUAAUUUAGAUGACUGAGGGAACAGAUAGAAACCUUUUUGAGACCCGAUACAGACGUCCAUGUUCACACCUAAAGCUGACCCUUCAUUUUACUUCUGCCCCAGCCCUGUAUGCCAUUGUAACUCUCCAUUCCAUUUGAGGAGGACCUGAAGAUUAGAUUAUGAAACCAUAAACAUUUUAGCUUCAUCUGGAGCUAAGCAGCCAUGUGGUGGUCCAGCUCUCAUGGAUAUUUAAUGUUGGUUCUUUUUCUCCCCUUCUUUUUUCUGAUACUAGUCUACUCCUUGAUGACUUUUGCUUAUAAAAUUUUAGUUUCAUGCUGAAUCUUAAUUAUCUCAUUGUAAAGUAUGCUUAAAAAAAAAGUAAUAGUGUUAUCUUUACAUAUACUUGGAUGAAAGAUGCCUUGUAAAUUCAUGGUGUCCCUUAAUCUUCAUUCCCAAUUCCAAGAAUUCAGAAUGUAAAAGAAUAAUUUUUGUGGAGUUAACUCUUCAAAGAUGAUUAAUUAGUUGACUAAGAAGACUGCUACAACAUUAAAUUGCUGAGAAGUGGCUUAAUUCACUUUAUUCCAUAUUCCCUAAUACAGGCAAGAUUGUUACUUAGGUCCGGGCUAACCCUCUCCCAUGUCAACCCGUGAGGGAGGGUCAUCUGUGUUUACCCUCUCCAGUUGCAUGCCAGCUACAGUGCUAAGACACCACCCAUGACCCUAAUUUAUAGAUGUGGAAGCUCCUUGAAGGCCCUGAGGACAGCUGGACAAGCUACCAUGGCUUCUAAGAUGGAGCAUCUGUGAUACCACCUCUGAACAUUCCCAUAGCCUUUUUAUUGUGCUUGUCUGCUUCUUGAGAAGCAGGGAGGGUUCCUGGAGAAGAUUUGAAUAUUAGAGUGCUCAUGUGCUAGGCAAAGUGUUUUCACCUAGUGAUUGUGCGUCCCCCCACCCAUACUUCCACAGGUGACAGUUUGUGUCAAUAAACGGCCUAGAUAUUUUUUUGUCCUACUUCAAAAAACUUAGGACAUUUUUAGAAUUAGCAUACAAAGUAAUGGGUUUCAUUAUGGAAUUUUUAUACUUUUGUUGAUCUUCCUAGCCCCCUUCUGGGGAUCCCCUCCCCCCAGUAGCCCUCUAUUCCCUUUCAUGUCACAUGUAUUUUGUUUUGCACCCCCCCCAUGGUCCCCUUUGCCUAGAGGUUUUUGUUAGUUCUCUAACAAUAGGAUCUUUAUUUUGCUCAGCCAGUCUUGGGUUUAUCUCCAGGCCAUUUCAAGUUUAGUGCUGACUUCUACAUUUUUUAUGUGGUUAUUUCUGAGCUUUGUGCUCCACCUUGUGACUAAUUCCACCUGUUGCUCCUGACCAGCGUCCUGUGUACUGAUCAGCUCCCCCUUUCCCUGCCUCUCUUAGAACCUGAUUUCACUCCAGCCUGGCCUCCCUACUCUUCUCUCCAGAUGGAAAUGGAGUCUGAGUGGCCUUCCUAAGAAUGAGGGGGACCUGUUCCUUUGUUUCCUUGUAACCAUCCUGGGACCUGACUCAGCAAACAAUUUACCUUUGGAGGAGUCUAAGCUACCUGAUGCAACCCUGACUUUUCUUCAAAACCACCUCCUGCCCUAGCAGCUGAAGUACCUUCCCUCCUGGACAGAACCAGACCAGCUGUUUCUAUCCUCUGGUGUGUCAAAUUAUGCCUUGCACCUUGGAAAGCUGACAUGAGAGCAGCCCGAGGUGCUGUAUUUCUACCUCAUGGAGUAGUCUCCCAGAAAUUGCAAUGUACUUUCUAGGGGAGUCACUUUAACAAAGGAGAGGGACUCUUCUAAGUUUGGCAAUAGGGCUUGGAUCAGAGUCCUCUACCUGGCAGGUUGCCUGUCCCGAUACAUGGAGGAUUGGCAGAUGCUAUAUUGGUCUCAAAAGCUGGCUCAUUUGAAAUCCAACCUUUAAUUAAGCUCUAAGUAAGUUCAGCUUGCAGGCCAAUUUGAUUGUUUGGAUUCUCUUUACUCAAUGAGAACUCAGGAUGAUACUCCUUUGAGGUGAUCAUCUGAAGACUGACUGUGGAAUAUUUGUUUCCAUGUCUGAAUCUUGGAAACUGGCUGUUCACUGUUAGAGAAUCACUGUUUGUGAAGCCAUUACCUUGAGGCCAAACAUAACCAGGGAUUUACAACUAGGCCUGGGACGAGGUGCUACAGUCUCAGCCCUAGAACUGUCUUAUGAGACCAAGGAGUCAAGUGUUCCAGAUACAAUUUUGUAACUGUGUAUGUGAGCUAUAUGUACAUAUUCAUGUCUGCCUCUCAGGAAGUAGGAGACUAGAAGCAAAAGAUACCAUUACUUAAAAAAAAAGGUGACAGAUGUAACAGAGCUAGGCUGAAAAUGAGGUGAGGGAUAUGUGCGCCCCUGCAAAUGAAUCUGUAGAAAUGUGAUCUUCCCUUGUUGUCAAGAAGCUUGUUUUCUGAAUGACUCCUGGGGGGAAUCAAACCGGGGUAAGGGCUGUUGGUUCCUGUUGAACUUUUCUGCAUAGCAGAUAGGUUUAAUAUUUUAAUACCCCUGCCUACAAGAACACCUCCAAACUAGCUGAUGUCCAUUCUCUGCUGGGAGACAGGAGAUACAACAGAACAGCUCUUGUGCUACCUGGUUAUUGAGCUUGAAAGGUUCUGUCUUCCCUAAUUCUUAUUAUAAUGGAGGAAGCAACAGACUGGCAAUCUUUGUUUAGUGACUGUAGCCCAGUGGCAGGCCUGUUAGAUUCUUGCUGGUCUCUGCCAGUAUCCCUGAUUUUGGGUAUUACCGAGUCCUGACUUUUUUUUGUAGGACAGAGUGAGCACUCCGAUCCAGGCACUGCCAUUAGCUUCUUUUAAAGGCUCCUUAUUCAGUCAGACAGCACUCAGACAGAGCUGCAGGGAUGCCCUCCUCCCUAUGGCUAUGAUAUCUGAUUAGGACUGGCUCUAGUGCAGGAGAUAUUCUCUGUGCAGGCCUUCCUCUCCUCUGACAGUGAGGCCUGGGCCCUAAAGUUUGAAAUACAUGUGAAGGGCUUUUGUUUGUAUUUUUACAAAAUGUAAACUUGAUUAUUUUAUUGCUAAUUUAAAAAUAAAUGACUUUAUAUUGAUUGCAGAACUGUUCUGGGUCUAUCUCCCUGCUUGGUGGUUUGGUGCCCUGGAAGAAAUGUGGUUCACUCUCUGAGAGCCUUUGCUCUGGUGGGAAAUAGGGAGACUUGGAAUGUUGUCCAGGAGGCAGAAAGGCCGACACACAGAUCCCUGUGGAUCUGACUUGAAUCUGUCAGCUGGAAACCUAUCUGUGAACACUGGGCUUUAAGCCAGAUCCAUCCCUUUCCUUUGGUGUACCUUUCCCUUUGUACCUCUUUGAUGUCUAGCUGUACCCACCUCCUUUUCGUCAGAAAUGUGUCUCUGCAGUGAUGUCGUUUCUCAUGCGCUUUUUCUUUCCUUGUCUGGAUGAGCAGAAGAAGAUCAUGAUUAUGAUCUGUUGCAUUAUUCUCACCAUCAUCUUGGCUUCUACCAUUGGGGGCGUAUUUGCCUGAAAAAGGUGAGCUGUUUGGGUCAGGCCUGCUGCCACGCACCUGACACUAGUAUUUGGGGUGCUUUUACUGGCUUGGGCACAGGACUAGAAGAAGGUUAGAGAAGACUGAGGAAAGGGAUGUUUCAGAGAGAAGUGUGUAAAGAUCAACUGAGAGCACGUAGACAAUGACAGAGUCAGGGAGACAAGGCAGCAGUAGGUCCCAUAAUUGGCUCUGGUAGCACAAUGCUUUGAACAGUGAGCAGUGUUCAUUUCUGCUAUAAAAUCUGAGCCUUGGUAUCUGGGGAUGGCAUGAGGAGUAAGAACUUUGGGCCCUGAACUCUUUGGAAGAGGAAUACAUAGUAACCCUGCAUUAAAUUCCCUUUCAAGAUUAGGACAGGCUAGUGCAGCCCCGAGAGCAGUCUCUUACCCUGCAGAGGUGGCGAUCCUGGCUGUGAGCACCAUGCUACAUAAUCUGUGCUUUUUUCAUUUUGUUUCUGCCUUCUGCCCUCACAGAUGAAUCCUCGACUGGUAUUUCUGGUCUUCCUCCCACCUCUGUGCUGCCGUCGUUUCUCCCCUGCAGACUCCUCAGCUAUGCCUCUUUUCAUUAGGAAACCUUUGGCACCAGUCUACUGCUUAUUAAAUAUCAUACAAAGGGGAACAAACCACGAAGAUGUGGGGUUGAAGGGGGGUAGGGAUGAACAACUGGGAGCAAGGCAAUAGCCAGCUGGUUUAAAUGGCCCUUAAAGGGCACAGUUACAGGGUAGAAAAGCAUAAUGGGUCCCUACUUAGGGCACAGCACCGAGAGCCUGUGUGUCAUCAUGACAUUGAAGAGGCAGGUACCAAAACACAGUUAAACAGGGUCUUACUUGAGCUGCUGUGGCCUACUUGAGACCAUGGUACUUGCUGCUUCUGCCUUUAAAGCUCAUUUAGGCCUCACCCUUAACCAACCAUUGUCUGCUUCCUUCUACAGGGUCCAACAGUAGUUUUCACAGCAAAGACUGUUUAACGAUAGGCACCGUAUCUGUCUUGAACACUGCCGUCUUCCCACUGCUUAGCACAGUGCCUAUCACUUUCAUGUGCUCAGAGAUCUCUUUAUAGUCAACUUUGAUGUCACUUGUGGAUGAGUCCUUGGGCUUGACCUUAAAAUUCUUUAAGGCAUGUCUGGGAACAUGGUUCAUUACUAGCAGAGGUUUAUGCAAAGACAUAAUACUGCCCCCAAACCCCUUUCUCACAUAUACUUUAAAACCACUUUAAAGUGGUUUUUCCUUGGGUGGUAAGUAGCAGUUGGGUUUCUAUGGUGGUGUAGCAUGCAAUCAAUGGCUUCUCAUUGGCAAAAAUGGCUGUUUCCAGGAUGGUGGUUCAUUAACUAAAUACAUCCCUCCAGAGAAAGACACAAGUUUAUACUAUGACUGAACUCCCCGCUGUCAGCCAGACCACUCUGUAACAAAUGGGUGAAGGCACAAGGGGAGGAGGGAGUGUGAGAUGCCUGCCUCAGCAGUCACCUGAUCUGCACUGUCGGCUAAAACUGCAGGCCAGGGACUUCGGCGCAAAAAACUGCUUCAAACAUGUCCCCAGUCCAAGGCUCCACUGUUUGGCUUUAAAGUUAAGCAUGUAAAUCAAUUCUAAGGAUAACUUUGUUUCUAAGAGGCGUACUAAAAAUACACUGCGAAUCAGUGUACAACCGUUGAGGACCAAAAAUAUGCCUUUGAAAGUAAACUAAAUAGUAUUGUCUUUGCUGGAGAUGUUACUUUUUAAGAAACAAGAUAAAAAUGUUUUUAUCAGUGUGCUGUUUUGUACCCACUUUCACAAGCAAGUUUAAUGUUUCUAUCAAUUUGUGUUUCCUUUAGUUUGAAUAGGGGAUAGAAAACUACUGCUGGCUAGCUUGGAAAAAUAGGUGUGGAAUCACUCGGGGCUGUCAUUCGUCCAGUGGUAAUUUGUGUGCUGCAGCUGCAGUAGAUCCUGCAGAGACA